AUGGCGUGCAUUGCUCGCCCCGCUCCGCUGCUGUCCUGCAGGCAGCAUUCGGGAGAACGUGCUGUUUGGGGCGCCAUGGGACCCCAUCAGGUGGGGAAGGGGCGCAUGGGACCCCAUCAGCCACCGUGGAUGACGCUAGCAGACCACCAUGUCAUGUCACCAUGCGUCACACACCCCAGGUACCAGCAGGUGAUGCACGCCUGUGCACUGCACGAGGACACAGCAGCCAUGGCAGGGGGUGACGAGGCACAGCUGGCGGACAGAGGGCUCACCCUCUCGGGCGGCCAGCGCGCGCGCCUUGCCCUCGCCAGAGCGCUCUACUCCGAUGCCACUCUGUUGCUGCUCGACGACCCGCUGUCAGCGCUGGAUGCCCGCGUGGCACGCCACGUCAGCGACGCCGGCCUGUUCGGGCCAAUCGCGAGAGGCCGCACCAUCCUGCUCUGCACGCACUCGCCCCCGGUACUGCCACUCGCCCCCGGUACUGCCACUCGCCCCGUUUACUCCUCCCCCUCGCCCACCCAGCUGCUUCCAUGCCCCUCCACCCGUCCUGCUUCUCCCUGCCCCACUCACCUCCUUGAAAUUGUGUGUGCGUGCUGGCAGGCAGUGCAGCGGUCAUCGCUGGUGGUGGCCAUGCAGCGCGGCAUGAUCGUGCACGUGGCACCUCCUGCUGCCCACGCGGCACCCGCUCUUGCCACUCACUUUCACGCCCCUCCACCCCUCUUGCCACUCACUUUCACGCCCCUCCACCCCUCUUGCCACUCGUUCUGGCAGGCAGUGCGGCGAUCAUCGCUGGUGGUGGCGAUGCAGCAUGGCAGGAUCGUGCACGUUGCACCUCCUACCGCCCCCGUGCCUGCUCUCAUGCGUGGGGAUACUGGCGUGGAUAGUGAUGGUGCAUGCACACAUGAUGGCGAGUGCAUGAAUGCAGAUACGCACGGUCUGCUGGUGAGGCUGCUGAGGGAGCAGCGAGGGGAGCGGGAUGCGGAGAAAGGGGGGCAGGAGGGCGAGGGCGAAGGCAGGAAAUGUGGGAUGGAUGGGCGUGGGGAAGGGGAAGGGGAAGGGGUUGCUGCUAGGGAGGUGGCAGGGCAAGCUGAUGGGGAAUCACACGAUUGUUCCACCAAGGAAAGGCAUGGUGGGAGUGGUGUGGAUGGUGCCACUGCUCGCACUGCUGGUGCUGCCUGUGAGGAAAGCCGGCAGCAGGAGGACGGGACCCUGAGGUACUGUGCAGCGGUGGGGUGGCCGCUGCUGGCGCUGGUGCUGGCGAGCCUAGCUCUCAUGCAAGCCUCCCGCAAUGCUGCUGAUGUCACUCUCUCCGUCUGGACCGAUGCGGUGCAGCACGCCCCUGACUCAGAGGCAGCAACAAACGCAUUCUACCUGCGUCUCUUCACCUUCAUCGCUCUUCUCAACUCGCUGCUCACGCUCCUCCGCGCCUUCUCCUUCGCACGUGCCGGCAUGACGGCAGCCCACCGCGUGCAUCACGAGCUGCUCGCUGCUGUUGUGCGCGCGCCCCUGGCAUUCUUUGAUACCAACCCUUCAGGCCGCAUACUCAACAGGUUCUCCUCGGAUCUGUACACGGUGGAUGACUCGCUGCCGUUCAUCGCCAACAUCCUCCUCGCCAACUCCUUCAGCCUCGCUGGCAUCGCUGCGCUGCUGCUCUACACGCAGUGGACGUUUCUGCUUCUCCUGCUGCCUCUCACCUACAUCUACUCCAUCAUCCAGGAUCUCUACCGCCAGUCAUCACGGGAGCUGCGUCGGCUGGACAGUGCAGCGCGCUCGCCUGUGUAUGCUGCAUUCUCGCAGCUGCUGCACGGGGCGCCCACCAUCCGCGCCUUCCAUGCCCAGGAGCACGUGAUGCGGGGAGCAGUGGCCCUCAUGUCGGCCAGUCAGCACGCAUCCUUCUCUGAGAUGGCUGCUUCCCAUGCAACAGCACGUGAGUUGCUAAAGAGUCUCAGCAGAGUGCCCGUGAUGCGGGGAACUAUCACUGUACUGCACUCGCUGCUCUCACUCGUGCUCUACACCCCUCGUCUCCUCUUCCAAGCUGCCACGGCCACAACAGCAGCAGUCUCGCCUGGCCUUCUGGGUCUGGCCCUGGCAUACGCGCUGCCCAUAGUGUCGCUGCUCAAUGGCACGCUCACCUCCCUUGCUGACACCGAGAAGGACAUGGUGGCAGUGGAACGAGUGCUGGAGUACCUGGAUCUGCAGCACGAACCAGACGCCCCUCCUCUGAGCCCUCUAUCUGGCGCACAAGGGCAGGAGGGGGAGGGCGCAUGGAAGGACGCACAUGCAGGAGGAGAAGGGGGGGCGGCCGCAGGAGGAGGGGAGCGGGGGAAGUGGCCAAGGGAGGGGGAGGUGGAGUUCCGGCGUGUGAGCAUGGCGUAUCGGGUGGGGCUGCCUCUUGUGCUCUCAGACGUCUCCUUUCUCAUUCCCGGCAGCUCUCAGGUGGGCAUAGCGGGCCGCACAGGGGCAGGCAAGUCCUCCCUGCUGGCCGCCCUCUUCCGCCUUCGACCGCUCACUCUGCCCUCUGCCACCACUACAACCUUCAUCAGCACCAGCAGCACCAGCAGCAGCAGCAUAACGGCAGCACACUUUGAUAGCAGCAGUACAGAGAGUGGUAUAUUCAUUGAUGGGGUCAACACGGCCCAUGUCAGCCUGUCCUGUCUGCGCACUGCCCUCGCCAUCAUUCCCCAGACGCCCCUCAUCUUCCACGCCCCUAUCCGGGACAAUCUGGAUCCCGAGGGGAAGCAUGCUGACGUGGCAUUGUGGGAUGCCGUGAGGAAGUGCCACCUGGAUGCAGCAGUGGGGCGGCUGGGAGGGCUGGAUGCCAUGGUGGGUGGGGCGGCAGGGGGGCUGUCACUAGGAGAGCGGCAGCUGCUGUGCCUGGCUCGAGUUAUGCUCAGAAAAUCAAAGGUGCUCUGUUUGGAUGAGUGCACGGCCAAUAUUGAUGCUGCCACGAGUGCACUCAUGCAUGCCACAAUAGCUCGGGAGUUCCAUGGGGUCACCACCAUCACCAUUGCGCACCGAGUCUCCUCACUGCUCUCCCUCCCCCGUGUCCUCAUCUUUGAGGCUGGGGCGCUUGUUGAAGAUGGCAAUCCCAAAAACCUCUUGCUCAAUCCAGACUCCAAGUUUGCAUUGCUGUUUAGAGCAUCCAUGUAG